AUGGACAAAGACGGGUUGGUGGAAGUCAGUCCGGAAGAUAUCGAGCGAGAACGGGAACUUGUGGAACUCCUCCGAAAAGAAAUUGCCGAAUCAGAUGGCAUACCUUCAUCGCCGGAAAAAAGAGCGCAAACAUUCGUUCGAUUUGGCAAGCGAGCUCAGACAUUUGUGAGAUUUGGCAAGAGAGCUCAGACGUUCGUACGAUUCGGUCGAUCGGAUCCUGAGCAGAUGUGA